UCAAGGUGUUAUUGAGCCAACAUGGAGAACUGUUUGUGUGUGGAACUAACGCCUUCAACCCUCUAUGUGCGAACUACACUAGGGACACUCUGGAGAUGGUAGGAGAGACGGUCAGUGGGAUGGCUCGAUGCCCUUAUGAUCCCAGACAUGCUAACGUGGCUCUUUUUGCAGAGGGCAGUCUCUUCACUGGUACUGUAACAGACUUUCUGGCGAUUGAUGCUGUGAUCUAUCGUAGCCUAGGCGACAGCCCUGCUCUCCGCACCGUCAAACACGACUCCAAGUGGUUUAGAGAGCCCUUCUUUGUGAGCGCAGUCGAGUGGGGGCCUCAUAUUUACUUCUUCUUCAGGGAAAUGGCCAUGGAGUUCCAUCACCUGGAGAAGGUGAUGGUGUCUCGUGUGGCGAGGGUGUGUAAGGGGGACCAGGGUGGGUCUCAGAGGGUGUUGGAAAAACAGUGGACAUCGUUCCUGAAGGCCAGACUGAACUGCUCUGUCCCAGGAGACUCCCACUUCUACUUCAACCUGCUCCACGCCACCAGCCCCAUACUCAACAUGAACGGCAGGGACGUCAUACUGGGACUGUUCUCUACACCGCCCAACAGUAUCCCUGGGUCUGCAGUCUGUGUGUUUGACAUGCAGCAGUUGGCUAGGGUGUUUGAGGGAAGAUUCAAGGAGCAGAAAUCUCCAGAAUCCAUCUGGACACCUGUAUCUGAUGAGCUCGUGCCCAAACCCAGGCCGGGUGGCUGUGCGGUGCAGGGAUCUCAGUUCAGCUCGUCUAAAACUCUGCCAGAUGAGGUGUUGAACUUUGUGAAGACUCAUCCCCUGAUGGAUGAGACCAUACCCCUGGUGGGGCACAGACCAUGGGUUGUCAAGACUAUGGGCAGGUACCAGUUGACAGCCAUGGUGGUGGACACAGAAGCUGGUCCCCAUAGAAACCGUACAGUAUUGUUUCUGGGCUCCACGCGAGGGACCGUCCUCAAAUUCCUCAUUGUCCCGAGUGGAGACAACUCUCCCACACACAGCAGUGUGUUUCUGGAGGAGGUGGAGGGCUUCAACCCUGAGAAGUGUGGAGAGGACUCUGUCCAGGCCAGACAGUUGUUGUCUCUGUCCUUGGAUCGUCCCAGUCACACUCUACUGCUGGCCUUCCCUUCCUGUCUGGUCAGACUACCCACAGCACGCUGCCACUUACACUCACGCUGCAUGAAGAGCUGUCUGACUUCCAGAGAUCCCUACUGUGGCUGGACCAGAGGCAGCACCUGCUCCUUCCUCAGACCAGGCACACGGCUGCCUUUUCAGCAAGACAUUGAGUAUGGCAACUUCUCCCAUCUUGGAGACUGUGGUGGUGUCAUACAGCAGAGUCUGCUGGUCGAGCCGGAGAGUCUCGUCUCCCUCAACCUGCUGGUGGCGUCUGCAAUCUCGGCCUUCACCAUCGGGGCGAUGCUAUCAGGCCUGGCCGUCUGCUGGAUCAUGGCCCAUAAGCCCAGCAACCGACGCCACGCUAGCAACUCCAGCCAGUCCAGCAUCCAGCGCCGGGAGAGGGGGAUGUUGACGUCAGGAGGAGGGAUGGGAGGAUCUGUCCUUAGUGUGACCCGUCAGGGAGGAGGGGAUAGACCUUGUUCUCAGGGCGGGGAGACUCUGUUUGUGAUGCCCAACGGUUGGGUGAAGUCAGGGGAGCUGGACCCAGGGUUCUUGCCCACGCCAGAGCACACGCCCCAGCAGAAGAGACGCGGGCUCAGGCUUUCCGAUUCUGGAUCAGGGGGGUGGGACAACAGCCAGACCUACCUGGGAGGGAGCACCAUGGGGCUGGCAUCCCCCUGCCCUCUCCCUUGCCCCCCACACCCGUCCACUGCUGUCUACCUGACCACCAGACUCUUCCAGGGUGGAGGAGGUGGGAGACAUGGGGGUGAGGAGCGAGGAAGAGAAGGGGAGACGCCUCGCCAGCACUACGUGUGCCUCAGCAAGCCCUGGGGGGAGAAGGGGAGGAGUGGGACCCCAAAGUCGGCACUUCGCAAGUCGGCAGGGGAGUACGUGUACCCCAUGACCCCCCAGGACUCCCCGAAUAGGAGGAGGGUGGUGUCAGCCCCCAGCGCCCACAUGGAGUUUGGGGAGCCCCUGCCUCUCCGCUGGCCUCCCCAGGAAGGCUACAUCCUCAGCAGCCAGGGCAUGGUCCCCGCACCUCCAUCCUCCAUGCCGACCCCCAACGGCCAGCAGUAUGUGGCCCAGCACCACACCCCCGGGCCGGGCAGGGCCCAGCUGAGAGGGGAACUGGGGAGAGGAGAGCUGGGGGAGCUGGUGGAUCUCAGCCAGCUGCUGAGUAAGAAGAGUUCCAAUGAGAGGACUCACAACGGCCAGUGAUAAAGAGAGUGAAAAGCAGGGAAGGACCCCGGCCACUGCUUAAGACCAUAUCAGUCUCUUUCUACAUCUCUCUCCUUCUCUCUGUUCUACCUUUUCUCUCCCUCCCUCUCUCUUUCUUUCUCUCUCUGUCUCUGUCCCUCAUUGUCAUUCAGUCCUCCUGAUAUCUCUGUAUCUCACUGGGGGACUCCUGAGGCUGUUCUAUCUGUGACUGGUUACUACUGCUGUCACUCAGAUCCUGCUUGGCUGUGAUUAGCCAGAGAAAAUGAGGUUGUUGUUGUGUCUGCCUAUCUACUCAAGCUGCUUAAAGAGGGGAGGAGGCGAGAAAGAGAGAAUGGAGAGUGAGAGAUAGGGAUUGAAAGAGAGGUGAGAAAGGAGGAAAGAGAGGGGAGGAGGCGAGAAAGAGAGAAAGGAGAGCGAGAGUGAGGGAUUGAAAGAGAGGUGAGAAAGAGGGAAAAAGAGAGUGGAAGGGAGAGUUUGCUAGACAGUGGAAUUCUUACAAAGAAAACAUGCUGAGAGAGAACCAUAAGCAGGAAGCUACAUGCAAAGAGACCCAGAGACAGACACUUGCCGACAGCCUUACCUGUGCUUCAAACAAGCCAAAAGCGACUACCAAGCAACAUGGCCACUAUCAGGUGUCAGAAGACGAGACCUAGGAGACUUCAUUCCUACACAAUGCACUCUGUCCACCUUCCAGUACAGACUGAGUGGCAGUCACACAUGAAUUAGAAAGAUAUUACUUUGAAGAAUCUUGCUGAAGGUGAAUGAAACAGACACUGUUCAGCUUCAGUGUGCAGGAAAACACUGAGGUCAUUCUGACUCUGACUCUGAACGUGAAGAGAAUGCCUGAUGAAGAGUGUCGAAAGGAAGCGGCAAUAAAGAUUUAAUAGCCUGCCCUCCAGCAGCCUCCUGACACAAACACACACACACACAGAGAGAGAGAGAUUUACAGCUCAGUUUUAAUAAGUCUGGUCAGGGGGCCAUAUAUUCCCAGUGUAUGUGAGGUGAGAGGGGCCGUACUGUACUGCUCCUAACCUGCCUCACUGGAACCAUGGGACUAUAACCCACUUUUACUGAGUUACGGGAAAGGAGGAGAGUCGGACUGGAAUGUCAGCACUAUUUCUGCCAACCAGGCGUUCUCUCUAAUGACGCCAUUUCAUCCAUCCAUCAACCCCUUCCACUCAAUGUUUUAAUGGCAAAUCAUUUUAGUGUGUGUGUGUGUGUGUGUGUGCAUCCUGCACCCUGUGUCUGUAUGUGGAGGUGCACUGGCUAUGCGUGUGUAUGACAGUCACUGUUGUUGUGAUUAAACAACUGUCCUGCCGCUUACUCAUCAACGUUAAUGGUUAUUUUCAUAGAACUCAAAUGGCACCAUAUAUUCUACCCAUCAAAGUGUCUAAUAAAAGACUUGCCAUGACGUUAAGCGGACAUGGGGAGAGGGAGGGAUAAGACAGAGAUACGUAGAAAGGCAGAGUGAGAAAGAGAGAGGCAACACGGAGACAAGAAAGACGAUAGGAUCUGCCAUUCUCAAGUCGUCAGAGACACAGCUCCAGUCACAUUCAGAAAAACGUUUUGUUCAAUUCUGUUGUGAACCUGAGCAGCAAUGACUUGUAUAUAAAGACACUUGAAACUCAACCCCAGAUGUCUGUGUUACCAUUGGAGGAGCACAAUGAUGACAGCACUCAGACAGGUCAUGACUCAAAUCACACCCUAUUGUCCAUAUAGUGGUCAAAUGUAUUGCACUGAAUGGGAAAUAUGGUGUUGUUUGAGAUGCAGCCGCAGUAACAAACACACUCAUAAACACCAUGCCGAUGUCUUUUCUCCCUCUGUGUCAAUACAGUGUGUGCCAAUAUUCUGAACUGUACUUUUGGGUGACAUAUCACGUGACAACUGAAACAAAAAGGAAACAUUUUCAAGUGCCAUAAAAACCAUGUCAAUUCAUUUUUAUACCUUAUAUAUUUGAUACUGUGAUGUUGUAUAAUUUGUUCAAGUGUGUACAGUGUUACUUCCUGUGUGCAAUGAUGAGGAACUUCACAAUGUCGCCUUCAGAUAGCCUACUGAAUGUUUGUUUUCUUUCAUAAUUAUUUUGCCUUUGCUGCUCUCGUGCAUUUUAGACAUAUCCAUUUCAAAUGCUGGUAACACUGAACAUCUGUUUAUAAACCAGAAUUUGGUUCAGUAGUUACUGAAAUAUGCUAGCAUUGUAUUGAUUGUUUUCACCCACACCAACAAACAGCCAUACUGUGGAACCUUCAAGUCAAAGGCUACUUCCUGAAUGAAUAUAUAUACUAAUUUGCUCAUAAAACUGUGCAGUACUAAUACAUUCAUGGAAAAGCACAACUUUUAUUUGUCUUAUUUGAAAAGGUGUUGUACUGUAUCUAAUGCAUAUCCUUGUAAAUAAUUGAUUUGAAUGUAUCUUCCCCAUUUGGUUUGAAUGAUUCUUGUCUUCUUACUUGACAUGGGCGUUCUCUUUGACGGGUGAGUUUUUAUUGACUAUGUUGUGAAUGAGCUGUAAAUACACUCAGUACGGUAUUUAUCUUUGACUAAAUACUGAGGCUAGCUGUUUUCUUUCUAAAGAGUAGAAUCGCAGGCUUGUCCUGCUGAGCUGAAUUAAAAAAGGUAUCCAGUUGACUUGUGACUUACGGCUGUGCGCACACACACAGACACACACACACACACAAUUCAAAUUAAAGGCGGUCAAGGAGUAGGCCGUUCAAAGAGUUGGUCUGUUGGGAAUCUGUGAUGUCAUCGGCCUCCCCUCUUGCUUGAGGAAUGAUAGAUGAGCAAAGAAAAAAACAAUAGAGAACAAAACAGGAAAGCCCCCCCCCCCCGCCCACUUGUGCUAUAUCAUGACAUACCUGUACCACCUAUUUAGAUGUUACUUUUGUUAAGUAAAUCCGGUGUUUACUGAAGUGAAAAGGAGACUGAAUUGCCACUGUAAAUUCAAAUCACUUCCUGAAUUGACUGCCGUCAACUCGAAUUGAGCCCAACACUGACACACACGAAACACUUCAUGUGAGAGUAUAAAGCAGUCAGUCAAUAUGGAGACCCCUGUCAAUAUAUUCUUUCUUAUUCUAAUAAACCAUUAAGAUCUA